AUGUCAGGAAUUCUCCCAUGUAAAGGCUGUCAGCGGAACUUCUGUCAAGAUCACAUGAUUGAACAUCGACAAGAAUUAGAAGGUGACUUCCAACGUGUAUUAAGUGAUCGGGAUUUACUCUAUCAACAAAUAUGUUCCGAAAUUUCUUCCACUGAUCCCCAAGCAUUUGAUUAUAUCACAAAAUGGGAAAGAAAAACUAUCGAGAAGAUAAACAUGAUUGCUGAUCAAGCUCGACGACAGGUGCGAGAUGUGCUCGAUGAGAAGAGACUUAAAGUAAAACAGAAAUAUGAUCAAUUGUCGGCUGAACUUCGCCAAAGAAAAGAAUCUAGUCACUUUUUCGAACAGGACAUUGAAAGAUUAAGUAAAACACUUGAGCAAGUGAAACUUGAUUAUGAACAUAAGGACACGACGAAUACAGUGACGGUUAAAGCUCGAACCAUCGAUUUUGAUGAUAUUUUACACAUAACGCUGAACGCGACAACACAUGUCCAACAAAAUCAGCUAUUCAUAGGUGGAACACUAUUAGAUGACAAAGAACACCAAUCCAAACUGAAUGAGUUUCACGGAACACCACAUCAACAAUGGGAGUUAAUUUACAAAGCUACAAGAGAUGGCUUUGCUGCCAGCAAUUUUCAUCGUAGAUGCGACGGCAAAGCCAUAUUUGAUACAUUGAUACACUGGGUCACAAGGCUAACACGUUUACUGGAAGCACGAGUUGUGAAGUUAGAGACAUUGAAAUUUACCUUUUACCAUGAAGGAUUAGUUUCGGCAAAUUAG